GAGCAGCUGGUAAUCAGAAGGGAAUCGGGAUAACAUCAGCAGAAACAGAGAAGAACACGCGCCGGGGGAAACGGAAUAUUAAAUUAACGGAAUAUUAGCGAGUCACAGAAACCAAGCGCAAUGGCCACUGUAAACAUCACAACCCAAGCUGUGGAAUAUUACGACGACUGGCUCCGAGGAGCAGAUCCUCGCGUUGCAGACUGGCCUCUGAUGGCGUCGCCGGUGCCCCAGACUGUUAUCAUCGCCAGUUACAUCUACUUCGUCUCAACUCUGGGCCCGCGUAUCAUGGAGAACCGCAAGCCCUUCGAGCUGAAGAAGGCCAUGAUCGUCUAUAACUUCAGCAUCGUCGCCUUCUCGCUGUACAUGAUCUAUGAGUUUUUAAUGUCUGGCUGGGCCACUGGAUACACCUACCAAUGUGACCUCGUAGACUACUCCCAUUCUCCCCUAGCUAUGAGGAUGGCCUGGACCUGCUGGCUCUAUUACUUCUCCAAGUUCAUUGAGAUGCUGGACACGGUGUUCUUUGUGCUCCGCAAGAAGAAUAGUCAGGUGUCUUUCCUCCACGUCUACCACCACUCCAUCAUGCCCUUCACCUGGUGGUUCGGAGUCAAGUUUGCUGCAGGUGGCCUGGGUACCUUCCAUGCUCUGGUGAACUGCGCCGUGCAUGUCGUCAUGUACUCCUACUAUGCACUGGCAGCCAUGGGCCCUGCCUACCAGAAGUACCUGUGGUGGAAGAAAUACAUGACCACCAUCCAGCUGGUCCAGUUUGUGCUGGUGACUGCUCAUAUCGGCCAGUUCUUCCUGAUGAAGGACUGCCCCUACCAGUUCCCCGUUUUCCUCUACGUCAUCGGGCUCUACGGCCUAAUCUUCCUCGUCCUCUUCCUCAACUUCUACUACCACGCCUAUACCCAAGGGAAACGCCUGCCCAAGGGCUUUGCUCAGAACGGCAGUGUCGCGCACAAGAAGGAGCAGUGAGAAGAGAAGGCGAUUGGGCAACGUGAACUUCCAUGGAAAGAAAUUUACCUCAGACUUUUUUGUGUGUGUCGUCUUGGAUCAUUUCAUCACGUUUUCCUGUUCUGACCAGCUUAUUUUUUUAUGAUUCAACUAUUACGCAACAUCUUCAGUCCCAGGGUUUUAAAGACUUUAAUUUAAUGGUAUUUAAUUCCACACUGUUUGUCUCGGCAUAUCCAGUGUCGUCUUGAAGGGGUUGUGUGGGUGGCUGUUGGACAGAGAUACCUCGCCCCUUAAGUCACUUGGUUGGGGUUUUUGUUUGCUUGUUUGUUUAUCUGGUUGACUGAUUUGGACUUUUUAAAACAACAUUUUGCCCUGGAAGUACUUAAGUUUUAGAGAAGUGUGACCGAGUCAGUUUUGCUGCUUCGUGACUAAUUGGUUGUUCAUGAAGGCAUUUUUGAUGUAAUGUUUGCCUGAGGACGAACGAAAGGCUUUGAACUGGAUGUAUGUGUUGGCUGGUCCAGUGCUUUGCAUGCUAUGGGGGCCAAGCCUGAAGUAAUUACCUCCCAAAAAAAAAAGAUUCACACCGGAUGGCAAGAGCCCCGAGGCCUAACCUAAGAUGGAGGUGGAUCUUAAUGAUUCUACUUGAAAUAUUUAUUUAUUUAACUGUGAGGAAUGCAUUUUAAAGUGACUAAACAUUCGGUUGUUCAGUCAGUCUUACGUGUGUAUCUGGAGAGGGCUCACUGAUGAACAUCUGCCCUUGGUGAAGGAACAAGUGCUGUUUUGAUUUGUUUACUUGUGUUAUGUGCUGUGUUUUUUUAUAUUUUAUGAUUUGUUAAUAUACUGUGCUGUUAAUAUUUUUUAAAAAAUGUGUAAGAUUUUUAUUGCAAAAUAAAUGGUCCUUUUAAAACAA